GGACCUGCAGCAGUUCAGCUGUCACACAAGCAGUAGUAACCUUCUGAUGUCUUUAUAUCGAUUCCCACCCGCCCUUUCUCUUCAUUCUUCAGCUGCUGUUCUUCGAUGGAGAGCAUGGAGCCGUCUCUUCAGGACACUCCAACCUGGGCUGCAGCAAUUAUCUUCUUCUUCGCCAUCGCUGUCUCCUACAUCUUAGCACAGUCGAUCAGUUUUGCCGGAAAUUGGUUCAGGAGUCGUCAGAAGAUUGCACUGUCCGAUGCUAUCGACAAGCUAAAAGAGGAGCUGAUGAUUCUUGGAUUCCUCUCUCUGGUUCUGGCUGUUGUGCAAAGGCCGAUUUCACAUAUCUGCGUGCCGGUUAAGGCAGCAGACUACAUGCUACCGUGCCGCAGAUUGCAACCCAAAUCCAUCUCUUCUGCUGCUGGUUAUUGUGUUGACAGAGGGAUGAUUUCGCUGGUGAGUCAACAAGGGAUUCAUCAGCUCCAUACAUUCAUCUUCGUGUUGGCAGUCGUCCAUGUGCUCUGCAGCGUGACCACCAUGAUUCUGGGAAGAGCCAAAAUGAGGCGAUGGAAGGCAUGGGAGAAGGAGACACAGACAACUGAGUACCACGUUGCAAAUGACCCUAACAGGUUUAGGUUGACGAGAGAGACCACAUUCGCAAAAAGGCAUAUCAGUGUAGCUACAUCAUCAUCCUCCAUGUAUCUGUGGAUUAAGUGCUUUUUCAGACAAUUCUAUGAUUCCGUGAACAGAGUUGACUAUCUCACCCUUCGCCAUGGCUUCAUAACGGCUCAUUUCUCCAGGCACACCACGUUCAAUUUCCAUGAGUACACCAAUCGAUCUUUGGAGGACGAGUUCAAAACCGUGCUUACAAUCAGCCCUCCCUUGUGGUUUCUUGUGGUCAUCUUCAUGCUUGUUGAUAUCCAUGGGUGGUAUUCCUACUUCUGGCUGUCAUUUGCACCCUUGAUCACAGUACUGGCUGUGGGGACUAAGCUUCAUGUGAUUGUUGCAAGAAUGGCUGUGAAACUGGACAGGGAAAAUAUAGUCAUCACCGGAGCACCGCCGGUGCAACCCAACGACGAUUUUUUCUGGUUUGGAAACCCCAGAUUGAUCCUUUUCCUCCUCCAUUUGGCUUUCUUUCAGAAUGCAUUUGAGCUCACGUUCUUCAUCUGGAUCUGGUAUGAAUUCGGCCUGAAGUCCUGCUACCACGAGAACUUUGGGAUAACCAUCGCAAGAGUGGCAUUAGCGGUGGUGGUACAGUUCCUCUGUAGCUACAUCACUCUUCCCAUGUACGCGCUCGUCACACAGAUGGGUUCGGAGUUCAAGAGAUCCAUGUUUGGGGAGCGGACGAAGACGGUGCUGAGAAGAUGGCACGAGGACGUGAGGGUGAGGAGGAAGAAGCAACAUCCUCACAGGCGUCCUCCAUCUACUGUUUCACGUCAGCAGCAGGAAAUAUCAACGCAGAUUACAUCAUCAACAUAAAUUGAUCAGACUUAUUGUAUGAUUUUUUGGGCGAAAGAAGACGAGAUUCAAGCAAAGAAUAUUAUUGAUGAUAUAUUAAAAUAUAUAUCAAUUAAAUUAAUCAAACUUUCGAUCUUGAA